UGAGCGGACAGCGAUCGUCGCCAUUUUCCGAUUUUACGAAUUCCAAAUUUUAUCAUCAAAAAGAACAAUAAAACCAGUGGUUGCUCUUAAAAAUACGGUUAUUAAUUGGCAAUCACAACCGAGAGUAUAUAGUUCUCAUUUGAACUCUCAAACAAACGCCGAUUUGAUUGUAAAAAAGCAGAAAAAUGGCAGACAAUGGACAAAUGGAACCAGAGCGAAAGAAACGAAGGUCUCGUAGCCGAUCGAAAAGUCGUGACAGAAAGAGGUCGAGGUCCAGGAGCAGAGACAGGGGGGACAGAAAAGGUGGCCGUCAUGGUGGAAACAGAAAGCACAGGUCAAAGAGUCGAUCUCCACCCGCCAAGCGAGGUGCAGGUAGAAAGAAGAAGCCGUACAAAUACUGGGACAAAGCCCCAGCUGGAUUUGAGCACAUUAGUCCUAUGCAGUACAAGGCAAUGCAAGCUAAUGGUCAGUUGCCAUCAAGUAUGGAAUUUGCUGCAACAGUACCGUUCCCAGGUAUCACUGUUCCUGCUGGCAAUCCUGCGAUUCCACCACCCCCUCCUCCGACGGGCGCGAUGCCUGGUCCCCCAGCCAGUAUCCCACCACCACCACCCAUGAGCAUGCCGCCCUCGGCUGCACAGAUGCCACCGGAGAGCGCUGGGGGCGUGGCGAAUGGUGGCGGUGCCAGCACGACGGUACCCUUCACUGGCAGCGCCAUCAGUCGACAAGCGAGGCGUUUAUAUAUUGGAAACAUUCCUUUUGGUUGCACGGAGGAAGAUAUGAUGAACUUCUUCAACCAACAAAUGAAAAUUGCACGCCUGGCUCAAGCAGAGGGAAAUCCCGUUAUCGCGGUGCAGAUCAAUUUGGACAAAAAUUUUGCAUUUUUAGAGUUCCGAUCAGUGGAUGAAACGACACAAGCCAUGGCCUUUGAUGGUAUCCAUUUUAAGACACAGUCACUAAAAAUCCGUCGGCCAAGAGAUUACCAGCCACUCCCAGGCAUGGCUGAGACGCCAUCGGUUGCUGUUCCAGGUGUGGUUUCAACAGUCGUGCCAGAUUCGCAACAUAAAAUCUUUAUUGGUGGCCUUCCCAACUACCUCAACGAAGACCAGGUCAAAGAGCUACUGACAUCGUUCGGCCCCUUGAAGGCGUUCAAUCUCGUCAAAGACAGCGCGACUGGUUUAUCCAAGGGAUACGCUUUCUGUGAAUAUUUGGAAAUCAACAUCACAGACACAGCAUGCACAGGUUUGAAUGGAAUGCAGCUUGGAGACAAGAAGCUCAUCGUGCAGAGGGCCAGUGUUGGUGCGAAGAAUGCACAGGCCAAUCAACAAGCGGUCCAGAUCCAAGUGCCAGGAUUGAACAUGGGUGUGUCGAACCAGAUAACGAAUGUUCUCUGUCUGUUGAACAUGGUCACUCCAGAAGACUUGGUUGAUGAUGAAGAAUAUGAAGAUAUCGUUGAUGAUGUUCGGGAGGAGUGUGGAAAGUAUGGCGCCGUGGUCGAUUUGGAAAUCCCACGGCCAAUUGCUGGUGUGGAAGUACCAGGGUGUGGCAAGAUCUUCGUCGAGUUCCGUGAACUUGAGGAUUGCCAUCGCGCUCAGCAAGCCCUCACGGGAAGGAAGUUUGCCAAUCGCGUCGUCGUCACGUCAUUCUUCGACCCAGAAAAGUACAAACGACGAGACUUCUAAUAAGGUCACUCGUAUUUACGAUGGAAUUUCUGUAUCCAGCACGAUGAACGAUUUUUACGCAAGUGUUCAGUGUUUACUGUUGUCCGUUGUGGAUAAAAAUCUGAACUAAUGAGACUUUUGGCUGCAUUUUGUUGUGGUACAAAACUUCUAAUGUUUUUAAAAGUGACUCUCGUCCAUGUUUGGUUUUGGCCUCGGGUGAUGAAGCCAGACUUGGACCAAUUCAACGUUUUUUUUGGAUUUGAAAACUGGACACAUGUAAAUCUAUAGUAUGAGUUGCUGUAGCUUCUCAACUGCCCGUGUUAUUCUGACUGGUCUCUGUAUUUUGACCUCAUUUUUGUCAGGUGUUUCAGUUACAUUACGCCAUGAAGUGUUUUAAAGGCGUACACAAAAAUAGAAAGAUGCUCCGACAUGGGCUUGUUGAUUUUCAGCAGCUGUUGGCAGUCUUUGUUGAUUUCACUUUAUUCUGCUGUUGUGAAUUCAGAGAGGAAAUGUGGUUGUAUUACAACUCAGCUUUUAUUUUAUGAAUUCUCCGCAUAUAUCUGCCUGUCUUUGUAUUUUGUAUCACUUAAAUGUCAUUCAAUGGUACAGUACAUUAGUGUCUUAUACAAUCGUAAUGUAAACAGACUGGUGAUACCUUGCGAAAAAAAAUAUGUAAUGCCUCAAGCUGUUUACACAUAGAAUAAGAAUGUAUAUCACUUCCAUCUUCACCUACGGCAAUUCAGUUUUUUAACCGAGAAACUUUGAGUCAUUAUUUGUAAACGAUUUGUAAAGAAGUUGGUGGUCUGUACAGUGUCUGUGUAUUUCAGACAAUAUUGACUCGCAAUUUGUAGAAUUGUUCCCAAAGUCAAUGUUUUUAAUGUAUAUUUUCAACAGCAGCUCUUAGAUAAUUCAACAUAGUGUUGGACCUACCUUUUCAUUCACCAGUUCUUGUCAUUAAAUUUCAUUUGUGUAUAUUUUUAUAUAGUCAAUGCAGGUUUUUAACAUUCAGUUCUAGCAAUGACCAGCAGUUGCUCUCAUCAAUACUUGAGAAAAAAUUUACCGAAAAUAAUUGCCGGGUAUAAUAGAACCAAACGAUGCCCAGGACUUUUGCGUUUUGGGAAAAAAAUUUAAAUUUGUUGUUGACGAAAUCAUCUUAAGAGAAAAAAAAUGUAGAUAGCCACAUGUUAGUUCAUCCCAUCCUCGUAGUAUUUGCAAUUUAGGAUUGGUUUGGUGUAGAAAUAAUUUGAUUUUAUCGUACAUUUAUAUGCUGUGUAAAUGCUAUUUAGCCGGAUGAAGGUGGCUUGUACAAAGGGCCUAUAUUGCGUGUAAGAGGCCUAUGUGAAAUAGACUGACAAAACCGGCAAAAUGGCGUCGACACAGUACAUUGUACAUGUAUGUUCACAUUUGUGGAGUUGUGGUACUUGUUGUGGAGUCAUUUGAUGCCUCUCGUCUCUUGUCUUGCUUUAUUCAGGGAUUUCAAGAGGCAAAAAGGGGGGUUAGUUCCGGUGGAUUGGUCAAUCAAAAGUGCCGUAAUCCGCCUGCUGUGCUUGUGGAAAUGAGCCAAUCAGAGGGCUCUGCUGUGAGGUUAAUUUGCUUUCAGAAAUCGUUGAAUUCAUUCAUUCAGACAUCACAUUCGAAAUAUAAACUGUACAAAUCUUUUCCAUCUAGUUUCAUGUCGAAAGUGAUAGCCUAAGUGACUUUAAAUGAUUGACAACUAUUGCACUAAAUCUUGUUGCAACCUUAUCAUGUUAGAACUUGGACUGAAGGCAGGGGAGUUCCAGUCUCAGAUUUGUUCUCUUCAUGUGAAAAUUUUAGCGGUUGGGGGACUGGGACGUGUGUGAUUCAGCAUUGCAUGUAUUCCUCACACAAGCAUGAACAGUUUCGUCGUAGUCAGGUUGGAGAGACCAAUGGGAAAUUCAAGUACCUGGCUCCUGUCUGUAGACUCUCUUUAGUACCGGGUAAACUGAUGAAUUGAAAGUUAUAUUUGGUAUCUGUCUGGUCUUGUUUGCUUUCAUGAAUUCUGUAUAACUUAUUAUUUGAAUUUUUCAGCAGUUGUUUCGAAUUAUUUCAUUUUAAUCCGUCUCCGUGGAUAAUAUUACCCAUUCAAUAAGAUUUUUCCUAGAAUUAUGUAGAAUUCCUGUCACUGAUUUGACAAAAUAUAUCAGUCAAUUAUUAUAA